CACUCACUUAUGCCUAGUUGACGCAGACAAAUACGACCUAUGAGACCAAAGAAGAGAAGAGACUCUCUACAAAAUCGCUUCUUAGUCUCCCAGUAACAUCACUUCAUAUUCCACUUCUGCUUUGAGUUAUGCAGAUCUUGGGCUUUAAUUCUACAAACUUACAGUUUCGUUGCUUCAUUCUUGGGAUUGCUAUUGCCUCGUGCUUUGCCCGAGUCUCCUUGACAUCAAAUGAAACCGACAAAUCCGCAUUGCUUGCAUUCAAGGCCGGGAUAACCGAGGACCCCCUCGGGGUGUUUAACUCCUGGAACAAUACGGUCGACCUCUGUCAAUGGUACGGGGUCACAUGCGGCCGCCGGCACCGCAAUAGAGUCACUGCGUUGAACCUCUACUCCUUGAAACUGUCGGGGCCUAUCUCUCCUCAUAUCGGGAACCUUAGCUUCUUGAGGGAAUUAAGGCUCUAUAACAACAGCUUUUGCCAGGAAAUCCCUCCCCAAAUCGGUCGGUUGCGACGGUUAAGCAUCUUGAUUCUGGGCAAUAAUUCUCUCAUCGGCGAAAUUCCCAAGAACACAUCGGGCUGCCUUAACCUGAAUCUCCUUGUAUUGGCUGGUAACCAACUCGGUGGAGAAGUUCCUCCAGAGAUAGGUUCCUUGGUGAAGCUUCGGUAUCUUCAUUUAGGAAGAAACAAUCUAACGGGCAGUGUCCCUUUUUCCAUCGGCAACUUGUCAUCGUUGGAGAUGCUUUAUCUUGUCUACAACAACUUAAGCGGGAGUCUUCCUUGGGUUCUAAGCCAACUGACCAAACUAACACAACUUGAUUUUGGAGAGAACUCGUUGUCCGGUACGUUUCCGUCUUCCCUCUACAAUUUAUCUUCAUUGGAAGAAUUCAACGUCGGAGGUAACCAAAUACAUGGAAGUCUUCCCUCUGCAAUGGGCUUUUGUCUCCCCAGCUUAAAACUUUUCAGCAUCUACGGUAACCAGUUUGUUGGAUCAAUCCCACCGUGUAUACCUAAUAAUGCCACAAAUCUACAGACCCUUCAACUUGGAGGCAACAGACUCUCCGGGAACGUACCUUCUUUUGAAAAUUUGCGUAACCUUCGACGGUUAAGCAUUCACACUAACCAUCUUGGAAGUGGGGGAUCUGGUGACUUGAGCUUUAUUUGCUCAUUAACCAAUAUGACCAGCUUAUACCUCUUGAGCAUGCAUACUAAUAGACUCGGUGGGCCGGUGCCGGAAUGCAUUGGUAAUUUGUCCCUUGCCAUCACGACAUUGGCCCUGGGCCUAAAUCCUAUUACUGGUGAGAUUCCUAGAGCAAUGGGCAAUCUCGUGAACUUGGAAAUCUUGCAUAUGACCAACAAUAUUCUUUCAGGUGCCAUCCCGUUUGACGUGGAAAACCUUCCAAAUCUAACAUAUGUGGAUCUCUCCACUAACAAUCUAUCGGGGGUAAUAUCAUCCUCUUUUCAUAAGAACAAGAGAUUGAUUGCAUUAUAUCUUGAUGGGAAUCACUUCCAUGGGCACAUUCCUUCGCAUCUAGAUGAGUGUCAAAGUCUGACGAUGCUCGAUCUUUCAAACAACAAUCUCAGGGGUUCCGUAUUCCCAGCUGUUAAAAGUCUUCUCUAUUUGAACUUGUCUGACAACCAUUUGAAUGGGUCCCUUCCGGUGGAAGUAGGAAAAGUUGAACAUAUAAAUUCUUUGGACAUUUCAGGCAAUAUGUUCAGUGGUGAAAUUCCGAGCACUUUGGGCGAUUGUGAUGGACUGCUAGUUUUGCGAAUGAAGGACAACCACUUCCAAGGAUUCAUUCCCCAAUCAAUUAGCUCAUGA